UCAUUACAUUUUUGCACAAAGAAAAAACCACUGUAUAAACCCCCUGUAGGGAAAGCAUCUCCCCCCUGUAUCUCAUUCUCAAUCUCUCUUUCUUUAUCUUUCAUUUGAAGCAGUCUUUCUCUCUUUCUAAAAGCCGGUUAGCUAGGAGCAAAGCCACCCGUAUUUAUCACUUGAAAGUUUGAACCCUGACCCCCCAAAACCAGAAUGGCUUCAACCUGUAUCUCAAACUGCAUCAAUGACACUAGGGUCCCAGUCAGGCCAACCUACGUGAACCUCUACAAGUGGCCGGAAUCAGAUGCUGAAUUUGUCAGGUCACUGAGCUCUGAAGGGCGCAGGGGCGGCGGCUGUCAUGCACGUCCCAGGGUUGUUGAUAGCAUUUCAUGCAGGCAAAUGUACCUCAGGAGCUACACGUUUCACAGGAAUGAAACCGAGCCUGAAAAAACAAAAUGUUUCGGCAGAGCUAAGAAGGAAAAGGUGAAGAGUCCUAGAAGGAAAAGGAAGUCCAAAACUGUCGCCAAGAAGAAGAAGUGUAUGGUGCUCAGGAGGGCCAAAGAGGUCUCUUGUGCAGCUUUGUUGGCCAUGUUUCGCAGGCUGUUGUCUUGCACCACCAAGGUUGAUGUGGCUGAUCAUGGAGAUUGAACAUUUCUGAUCAGUUUCAGCCUUCAGGGCUUCCCUUUUUCUCUUUUUUUUUUUCCUUUCUUUUUAAAUAACUUUCUAAUAGCAUUAAGUUUUUAUUUAUUCGAUGCCUUAGUUUCCUUUCCCUCUAUGUUAUUUUCUUUGUCAAUGGUUAUGCGGUGAUGAUAUGUUAAUGGUUGUGGUACAGACAGAAUAUUAUCAAGGAAUGGCUUUAUGCUAA